GUGUGUGUGUGUGUGUGUGUGUGUGUGUGUGUGUGUGAGGCUGCAGAGUCACUGAGGGACCAGCAGGGGGCAUCUCACGUCCUGAAACCAGCAGCAGAGCCUCCAGCCUCGUUCCUGUUGCUGUUCCUCAUUUCUUCUUGAAGCCUCGCUCAGCAGCAGCAGCUCCUCCACCUCUCCUCCACCUCUCCUCCACCUCUCCUCCACCUCAUCCAACUUGUCGGAUUCAGAGCUCUGCUCCGUCUUUGCUGCCACUUUAACCAGAUUUCACCUCGGCUGAGUCGGUGUUUGAAAUGUGUCUCCGGUCCUCCUCCUCCUCCUCCUCCUCCUCCUCCUCCAUCCGUCCGUAGAGCUGCAUUUCCUCCACGCAGAGCUGGAUGCUGCGUACCUCCCGGAGCUCCUCACGUCUCCGACAGGUGUGCGGCGGCCGUGCGCAAAGCGGAGCCCGCCGCCGGUACGCCGGCGCAGAGUGCGUGCGUUCCCCGUGAAAGGGACGAGGGGGAGUCCUGGGGAGGGUGGAGAAGGUGGAGGUGGAGGUGGGUGCGUGUCCAACUGUUUGGACCGAGUGAACAUGUGGAGCCGGGACGCGUGCACAUGAGGAGAAGAGGCGCAAACAUGGGACUUCUUGUGCUCGUAUUCACAGUGGCGGUGGUGUCCGCCUGGCUGCUCGCCGCCGCCGCCGCCGCCGCUCCAAGCUCCAUCCGUGAGCGCCCCUGUCCCCAGAGCUGUAGAUGUGACGGGAAAAUAAUCUACUGCGAGUCCAACGCUUUCCGUGACGUGCCGAGCAACGUGUCCGUGGGCACUCAGGGCCUCUCGCUGAGAUACAACAGCCUGGCGAACCUCCGAGCUCACCAGUUCGCAGGCCUGAGUCAACUGGUUUGGCUCUACCUCGACCACAACUACAUCAACGCCGUGGACGGGCAGGCGUUCCACGGCAUACGGAGGCUCAAGGAACUCAUCCUCAGCUCCAACAAGAUCACGCUGCUGAAGAACAACACCUUCCACGACGUCCCCAAUCUACGCAACCUCGACCUUUCCUACAACAAGCUGCAGUCGCUGCAGCCCAAUCAGUUCGUGGGUCUACGGAAGCUCCUCAGUUUGCACCUGAGGUCGAACUCUUUGAAAACCGUCCCCAUGCGAGUUUUUCUCGACUGUCGCAACCUGGAGUUCCUCGAUAUCGGCUACAACAGGCUACGGAGCCUCACGCGAAACGCCUUCGCAGGACUCCUGAAGCUCAUCGAGCUUCAUCUGGAGCACAACCAGUUCUCCAAGAUAAACUUUGCUCAUUUCCCGCGCCUGACCAACCUCCGGGCGCUCUACCUGCAGUGGAACCGCAUCCGGCUGUUGACCCAGGGCCUGCCGUGGAUGUGGACCUCCUUGCAAAAGCUGGACGUCUCGGGGAACGAGCUCCAAACGCUGGACCCGAGUACGUUUCAGUGCCUCCCGAACCUCCAGACUCUGAACCUGGACUCCAACAAACUCAGCAACAUGUCUCAGCAGACUGUCGAGGCGUGGAUCUCCCUCACCUCCAUCAGUCUGGCUGGUAACUUGUGGUACUGUAACCUUAACAUUUGCCCCCUGGUGGCUUGGCUCCAGGCCUUUAAGGGUAACAAGGAGUCCGCGAUGAUCUGCGCCGGUCCGAAGGAGGCACAAGGCGAGAAGGUGACCGACGUGGUGGAGACUUACAACAUCUGCACAGCAACACCGCCCCCGCUCCCCUCCACGACUUCGCCCGUCACUUCGACGCUCCGACCGGAGCUGCCGCCUCUUCCCACCCGGCCGCCCGCGGUGGACAAGAAGCUGAUCUGGAACAGGACGGCCUCCCCGACUCCGUCCGAGGCCUCCCCGACCAUCCCUCUGCCGGACACCGAGUACGUGUCCUUCCACAAGAUCAUCGCCGGCAGCGUGGCCCUCCUCCUGUCCGUGGCGAUCAUCCUGCUGGUGAUCUACGUCUCGUGGAAGCGCUACCCGAGCAGCAUCAAGCAGCUGCAGCAGCGCUCGGCGGUUAAAAAGCGGCAGAAAAAGAAGUCCCGGGAGACGGAGCGCUCCCUGAACUCACCACUGCAGGAGUACUAUGUGGACUACAAGCCGUCACACUCAGAGACUAUGGAUGUGCUGGUUAAUGGGACAGGACCUUACACAUACACCAUCUCAGGCUCCAGGGAAUGCGAGAUACCGCGGCAGCUGAGCGCUCUGGCGUCGUACAGGUGUGAGCCGUCGGUUCUGGAUUUCUGCCAUGCUCACCUGUCGCUGCACCUCAACAUGGGCAUGGAGCCCCCGACCCAGGCGCCGGGAGGUCCGAGGCCAGCCAGGUACCACUCGGGCCUGCCCUCUGAGCCUGUGCUGCCCUCCCUCCUCCACCACCAACACCACCACCACCACCACCACCACCACCUCCUGUAGUGAGCUGGCCCACGGCGAGGCUCUGUGUCCACGUUACUGCACGUGGAGACGUUAAUGUUCCGGAGCAUCGCGGUGCCGAGGCCGCGGUAUCGAUUCGAAGUCCUGACCUCCCCGACCCGCCUCGUCCUCAAUUAGCAGACUCUGGAGGAGGAUGACGAUAAUAAUUGAAUGAUUUUGUUGAUCUUAUUAAACACAUUCUCCUCGCCUGGAACCCGGACGCCUCUCUGCAGCCGAGCAGCAGAACAAACAGAGGGAAAGUUUCUUCAUGUUUUUAUUUGUGGAUCGCUCGGACGUGUCCGUGUGUCGGACGCUGAAUGUUAGAAUCAAAUGUACAGCCCGACUUCAUGAAUGAUUCAUUAAGGAUUAAUUUAAGAGAAACAGAUUUAUAAAGAACUCUCUUUGUUUUUAAAUAUCUGAUCUGUGCACUCAUAUAUCUACAUGUGUGUGUGUGUGUGUGUGUGUGCUUUCUACGAGAUGUUACAUUAUAAUAUAUGGUAAAUAAACUGUGUAAACGAC